GCUAGCGCAGAUAGCCCUCGUGUAGCUUUGCGCGAAAUUAAAAAACAAACAAACAAACUGGUCACCCUAUAUUUAAUGUAACUGUUUGGGAUGUCUGAAAUCUUCACUGCAAUAUAGAACUGUGCUGUAGCUCCUCUUAAUUUCAGUUUAUUCUAGUAGGCCAAAAUCAACAAAAAAUUAUAUGGAUAUCACUUAAGUUCUCCCAACCAAAAGAAUUUUGUUAUAGUGGUGUUUCUUUCCAAAAUAUUUACACCAUCAAAAGCAACUGUGUAUAGCUUUGAUGAACUAAGACAAAACAGAAGUUUUGAAUAAAGAAACCAAGUCAAAUGGCAGGGUUAUCCACAAGAACCAUUGCCCUCUGUGCCAUCUCUGCAACUAUUACUAUUGCAACUAUUACUUGGUUGAGAAUGAAAGAAAAGAAAAAGCUUAAAGCAGCUAAUGAAGAAAGUCUACAGAAUCAGCAAGAGCUAGAACAAAAGUCAUCAUCAAAUCAAUUAUACAGCAUUCCAGUAGGUUCUGAGAAAAGUGACAGACAUAUCUCUCUUAGUGAACAAGAAAUUACCAAAAUAUUACUUUUGAAGACUGAAGAAAACAAUCAUAUAGCAAGAAAAUGUCACAAUGCUCAUGAAAAAGGAGAAUUUUUUCAAGUAUAUAUAGAAAAUAAUAGUGAGAUACCAUCUGAAGCUGAAAAUCCACAGCAAAUGGAUGUGCUAGAAGUGACAAGAAAGAAAGAAUUUACUCUACCAGAGAUGAUUAUUAAAUAUAGUAGAGAGAGUGAAUUAAGUAAUAAAACUCUAAAGAAUGGACAGAAACAUAAUGAGGAAAACAGUAGGGAGAAUAUUUCAGUCAAUCUUAAGAACCUAGCAUUAGACAAUAAAAGUUUGGUGAGUUUUCAAGAAAGUUUGAGUCUUUCAAAAGGGAAAAAUGUCAAUAAAGAAAUUUUUGACCCAGUUGAAAUUAAUUCUCAGAAAGGUAAUGAUGAAACCCUAACCAAAAACAUUAAAGCUGAUAUUAGACCUAUAGUUGGUAAAGAAACAGUUGUCAGAACUGAAAUUGUAGCCACUAAUCCAGCAGAAACUAAAACAAUGAAACUAGUGAGAAUGAGUUUAAAUAAAACAGAGUCUGUACGAGCACUCACAGAGAAAAUAACUGGAUAUUAUUCUUUUUCAAUAUUUAGCAAAAUUGCAGCUCUAGAGAUAGCUAAUGAUAAACCAGGGUUGAGAAUAUUAAGGACAUUUUUAGUUUCAGAAAAUCAAAGUAUUGUUGAUUACAAAAUGCGUACUUUUAUGUCAGAAACAGAUUUGCAUUCAAAUGUACCUGAACUCUUACAAGAAGCAGUUGUUGAUCACUUAAUCAGACAGGAUAGUCAAGGUCGAGACAAUACUAAUAUGCAUACCUUAUGUGCUCAAUUCAGAAGUGAUGAAAUAUAUGGCAAUUGUCGGAUGAGGGUUGAUGAAAAAGAUAAUGAAGCAAAAGCUCAAGUAGAGCAAACUGUGAAGUUGGAACUGCAGUCAUCUCCAACUGAAGGUCUGGCUAACAACUAUAGAAAACAGGCAACUACAACAGUAGCUAAUGAAAAAUAUAAUGUGACAGAAGUUAAGAAAAUGCAAAAUGUAAGUUUAAGAGGUAAUUCUGAAUUGGAAACAGAACUGCAAUCACCUCCAACUGAAAGUCUGGCUCACAGUUAUAAAACACAGACUACUACAACAGUAGUUGAUGCAAAACAUAAUAUUGCAGCAGUUUGGGAAACACUAAUUGUAAAUUUAAGAGGUAAUUCUGGAAUGAAAACAGAACAGGUACAGUUAUCCCCAUUAACAGUUGGUGAAAAACACAUUGAAGCAGAAAUUCAUAAAGUGUCAAGUACAAAUCUGGAAAAUGAUUUGAAAAUUAAUAUAGGACAGUAUUUGCAUUCUUCCCCAGUAAAAAGUAUUCAUACAGCUUUUUCAGAUAACACAAAACAGACAUUUGACUUUGAUAAAAUAUUUUCAUACAAGAAUCUUAAGAUAGAAAAACCUGACAACUUUGGAUCAUAUAACUUCGAUAAUAGUAGCUCCUUGUGGGAUGCAAGCAAUGUUUUAAAUGAAAUGAAUCCAGAGAGCCCUUUUCAUGUACCCUUGUCUGAUGGCCAGAAUGAGGGAUCAACUGAUAGAGGUACAGUGGAUAGUGAUUUCAAGCCAACAGAAUCUCCACAAGUGGAAUCUGCUAUCAUUGUGUACGAAUUUGAAGUUUCUCAGGAUCUCUGUAGUCGUCUGAUUGGUCAUAAAAAGAAGCAUUUCAAUCGUAUCAAACGCCGUUCAAAUACAAAUAUUUCUUUUAAGAGACAUCCACUGGAUCCAAAUUUCAAGUUCUGUGCUGUUGAAGGCACAGAAAAUAACAUAAAUACUGCACUGCGUCUAAUUCGAAAGAGAUUCCCAGUGAAUCAUUAUCCAGAUGUUACUCUUACACAGGUUAAUGUCCCCAUGACAUGUGAUAUUCCCAUACCAGAAUCAUUGCAGGGUAAAUAUUCAGAUGGCUCGGUUGCUGUUAUGCACAAAAUUACAAAAUGGGCUAUUUGUGCUCAGACCACCACAGGCAUCAAAACCCAAUUUUUAGCAUCAUGAGUCUGCAGACUUACUGAGCCACUGUGGAGCAAAUAUUAAAAUGUAAAUAACAUUGAAUUAGAUAUUGGAGAUAGUGUGUCUUUGAUUUUUGUAAUAUAUUAAAAAGUUAUAAUAUGAAACUGCU